AUGGAAGAAAGAUACACAAGAUCGGGUUCUCCGACACGUGUGCCAAUACCGAAUGAUGGUGAUGAAAAUAUUCCUUUGACCAAGAUUCAGACGUCAAGGGCUGGAGCUGAGUCGUACUAUAAAAGUAUUUUUGACGAGGCAGACAUCGACCACGAUGGCUACAUCACAAUUCAGGAGCUCUGCACCAUGAUCAACAAUAACCACCUAACUGAAAAGCCCAUCCCGUCCCAUAUAGUGCGAAAAAUCCACCAAGUCGCCGACAUCAACCACGAUGGACACCUAGACUACCGCGAAUUCGUAGACAUGCUCAACGAUCCCAAAAAUUACUCGAUUUUCGAGCGAUACGUAACCAAAUACGUGAAUUUCGUAGUUCCUAGGAGACAACCAGAAGAAUCGGAAGAACCAUAUCUGGAAACUAUCUACGAAGAAGAAUAUUCGUGUUGGCCCCCUAGACUCGGGAUGGUCAUUAUUUCCUGCAUCGAAAUCAUUUUUUUCUUCAUUGAUGAAUUGAAGGAGACGAAUUCCACGAAUUCUGCCACGGGACCCAUGGCUAAGUUGUUUAUUUAUGACCCGACAAAGAGAUACGAGUUCUGGAGGUACUUGACGUACAUGUUCGUGCAUAUUGGUUAUUCACAUCUUGUUUACAAUCUGGUAGUACAAAUCUUCAUUGGUAUACCGCUUGAAAUGGUCCACGGUUGGUGGCGGGUUCUCCUUAUCUACUUCGCAGGAGUGAUUGCUGGCUCCCUUGGGACGUCUAUUACAAACCCGACUUUCAAAUUAGCGGGGGCUAGCGGAGGCGUCUACUCUCUAGUCACUGCUCACAUCGCUACUAUAAUCAUGAAUUGGGCAGAAAUGAGCUUUCCUGUAAUACAACUCAUAAUUUUCAUUAUUAUAACUGGUGGAGACUUCAGUAUUUCCAUCUACAAUCGCUAUUGGGUCAAAGAAGACGAGCAAACCGGAUACGCUGCUCAUGUUACAGGGGCUUUGGCAGGUCUCUUAGUCGGGAUAGUUGUUCUAAGGAACCUGAAACUCACAAAGAAAGAAAACGUGAUGUGGUGGAUUGCCGUGGCUAUUUAUAUGAUAUUGAUGUUAGUCGGAAUCUGCUGGAAUUUGUUCUAUACUGAUUAUUUUCCCAAACAAGUUUAAAAUCACUUUUGUAUAUAUAUAUUUUUUUUUAAUAAAAAUAAAAAACUAAA